AUGAUUACGCUCACGAAAAUAUCCAAAACCAAGCCCCUAGGAGCUAUUCACAUCCACUGUCGCGUCAAGCCAGGUGUCAACAAGAACCGCGAAGGCGUUAGCGCCGUCACCGACGAUGCAGUCGAACUCAAUGUGGCCGCACCACCGAGGGAUGGCGAGGCAAACAAGGCCGUCAUCAAAGUCAUGAGCGAGGCGCUCAACGUUGCAAAGUCGGAUUUGAGCAUCACUGCGGGCCACAAGUCAAGGGACAAGACGAUUGAGAUCAACCCCUCUGUACUCGGCGUAAAGCCAGGCCAAAGUGAAGAUCAAUGGUCUUCAAUCGUCAGAGACAGGCUUGUUAAGCAUAUUGGGGAUUAG